AUGUUUCGGUUUUCCUUCUGUAUUAUGGCCGCCGCCAUCGGUGCAGUCGUCGUCCUGGCUGACGUUACUCCGCGACGAGAUGCUGAGUACCCUCCUCCGGAGCUGCUUGAGGCGAUGAAACCCAUUCAUGACAUUUGUGUAGGCAAAACUGGUGUUACCGAUGAGGCCAUCAAGGAGUUUAGCGACGGUCAGAUCCACGAGGACGAGAAGCUCAAGUGCUACAUGAAUUGCUUGUUCCACGAGGCUAGGGUUGUUGAUGACAAUGGAAAUGUGCAUCUGGAGAAGCUGCACGAAUCGCUCCCGAACUCGAUGCACGACAUCGCGCUGCACAUGGGAAAACGGUGUCUCUACCCGGAAGGGGAAAAUCUGUGCGAGAAGGCAUUCUGGCUGCACAAGUGCUGGAAGCAAGCCGAUCCAAAGCACUAUUUCCUUGUUUAA